CAGGAAUUCGAAAUUCAAAAAGCGCAAAAGAAUGACGGCGAUCGCCUAACAACAACAACAUCAUCAUCAUCAUCAACCAUAUCAUCGCGAUAUAGGAAAGGGGGGCGAUAUACAUAUAAUGUCGCAAUCCCACUAUUCGCUCAGAUGGAACAACCAUCAGAGCCACAUCCUGCAGGCGUUCGACGCCCUCCUGCAGGCCGAGACGCUCGUCGACGUGACGCUGGUGUGCGCCGAGACGUCCGUCAGGGCGCACAAGGUCGUCCUCAGCGCCUGUUCGCCCUUCUUCCAACGGAUAUUCGCCGAGAAUCCCUGCAAGCAUCCGGUCAUCGUGCUGAAGGACUUCGACGGCUGGGAGGUGCAGGCCAUCGUCGAUUUCAUGUACAAGGGCGAGAUAUCGGUGGUGCAGGAGCAAUUGCAGAGUUUGAUCAAGGCGGCCGAGAGCCUGCAGGUCAGAGGUCUGGCGACGCAGGAUCCGUUCGGCGUCGAUAAGGAAUCGACGUCGAUCGUCAAUCAGACGCCCACGCCGUCGGCGUCGCCCAAUGAUUUCGAUAGGAAUUACUACAGUAAUACCAGGUUCCCCAACACGGGCGUCGCCGCCAAAACGCCCGCCGCCGUCGACCACCACCACCACCACCAACACCACCACCAGCGACAGACCUCCCCGUUUUCGCCGGCGCCCAGCCACGGCAGCUUCGAAUCGCCGGUGAAGCUGCCCCACAUGCCGCGCCUCUCGUUCCCCGACGCCCUGCUGCCGCCGCGGCCCGACUGCCCCCAGUCGCCGGUGGCCAGGCGCAAGCAGGCGCGGCCCCGCCGGCGGUCGGGCGAGCUCGCCGGUCCGCAGGACCUUUCGCUGGGCGUCGCGCCCAAGCCCGAAUCGCCCGUCGAGGAGACGGCCGAGAAUCUCUGCAUCAACAAGCGAACGCACGUCAAGGAGAACAAGAAGGACAUCAAACAGGAAAAAAGCAGGACGCCGGAGACGAGCAUCGGCAGCCCGGAGAUGGACCUGAGCCUGGCCGGUGUCCAGAAGGAUUUUCGGAGCUCGCCUGUAAAUAUGCACCCGAUAUUGAACAUGAAGCAAGAGAUCGACAGCCAUUCGCCCUUGCCGUUUCCGCCCAUGCCCUCCGUGUCAGCGCUCACUAUGACGCCGCCCCAUAGCAAAUUUUUCGGUCUAGACUCGUCCUUAGGACUGUUUCCUCCGGGACUGGAAGGAUGCAGGAAUCCCCUAUUCGACAUGCCCGAUCCCCGAACGACGCCCGAUUCACAAAUGUUCGUCAAAAAGAAAAUGGGCAGACCGAAGGGGCAGCAUUCGGCGCCGCGCGGCGGCCCGCCCCGCUCCUGGACCAACGCCGAGCUCACCGAGGCCCUCCAGCACGUCUGGAACAAGAAGAUGACCACCAGCCAGGCGUCGCGGAUAUUCGGCAUACCGUACAACUCCCUUUUGAUGUACGUCCGCGGCAAGUACGGCAAGAGCCUGAAGCUCGAACAGCUGCGCAAGGACUGCAUCGGCGGCCCCAACCCAACCCCCAUCGACCUCAUCAACAUGACCGCCGGCGGCGGCAACCAAGCCGGCGGCGGCGGCGGCAACAACAACAACAACACGCCGUGCAAGCCGGAGAACAACAACCGCGAGCCGGAGCCGAUGCAGACGAACCUGGAGGACCAGCACGCGGCGACGGCGACGUCGCUGUUCAAUCCGUUCACGCACAGCUUCUAUCCGGACUUCGGGACGGGGUUCCCGAUACCGGUGAGCAUGAUCCAUCUGUUGCCGCAGAGCGAGAAGAGCCGCGAACCGUUCGGCCAGCAUCAUCAGGCGAUGCUCGACGACGACGGGAAGCCGGAGCGCAAGGACGAACAGGAGGCGGCGUUCAGGCCGCCGGCGUUGUCGGUCGAAGAUCGACGGGAGUUGGUGCACGAGAACGGCCGGGAUUAG